CCAGUUGAGCUCAGUUGACAGGUGUUCUUGCGGGGUGAGGUUGUGUGUGCCGAUAAAAUUCGUGGUUUGUGAUCGUUAAAUGACUGUGCUAGAAACCGGUUCCUAUUACGUAUCGUAGCCUUUGUAUUUUUGUAAAUUACCUGUUAAUAUCACCUAAGAACUAAUCAAGUGAAAAUGGACUUCAAACAUUUCCUAAUAGCGGCUGUUUUGUGUGGAGCCGUGUGGGCCCAAUCGGAGCCAUCAAUAUCUGAUGCCCUGGGCCAACUCCCACCAGAGUUGCAAGGCAAAGUGAACGAAUCUGACAUUGAAAACAUUAAGAAUUCGUCUGCGGCACUAUUGAAAGAAAAGUGCGAAAAAAAUGGAGGUGCUGAGGCAUUUGAAAAUGCUCAGAAAGCGUACGAGAAGUUUCCGACGUGCGUGAAACAGAGCCUAGGGUUGGAAGACCCCGCUGUGCUGCAGAAGGAGAUCGAGCAAGCAAAACCCAAUGGCACCGUCGACGAAGUCUUCAAGAAGUACUGCGCAAAGACGCCUAAGGUGAAGGAAUGCUUCAUGGACAUGACGGAGGCAGUAAAGCCCUGCUUCAGUGUGGAAGAGCAGCAGAACCUCAAGAUCGUCUACAACAUAUCCGAGCAACUCGCAGAGUUCAUCUGCUAUAAGGACGGCGACAGGAUUGCGCUGUUCAUCGCGGAGGGCGGUCCUGAGUGCUUCCAGGAGAAGCAGGAACAGAUCCAGGACUGCGUGAACAAGACGCUCGGCGCCGACUAUAAGAUCAACACCGAGAAUAUCACCGCCAACGCCAUACCACAGAUCAAGUUCGGGGAAAAGGAAUGCAAGCAAAUGUCUGACCUUCAAGAGUGCAUUGUGGGAGCUCUGGAGGGCUGCGAUGCGCCUACCUCGGGUAACAUCGUCGAGUCACUGUUCAAGUUCGCUAGGCAAGCCACACCUUGUAAGAAUGAAAAGAAGCCAAACUCCGCAAAUGCCCUGUCAGUGGCUUCAACAGCAAUCCUGUUCGCCGUAGCCGCAACCCUGUACUAGACUACCUCAACACGUGUCAUGUCGAUUCUAUAUUCAAAAUAGUUGUCAAAAUUAUUAACUGACACUUCUUAGACGAUGUAAAGGGGCCAUGCCACACUGCAACGUAAUGAUUAUUUAAUCAUUUACUGUGCACAGGACCACACAAAGCAUUUAGUAUUGAAGACCCGUAAGGUAGAUGACCAACUUUAACAACCCAAAAACACAACACUCCACGCAAGUAUUAUAAGCCGUGUGAUGACGGAUCACGAGCCUAUCGUCGAUAGAUAUUUCAUAUUUCAUCGUGCAGAUGACAUAGGCCAUCGCUUAGAUAAGAUAUACUUUAUCGAACACAAAGGGUAUAAGAAAGGUACAAAAGGCGGCUUGCAGCAAUUUCCUUUAGCUAAACUAUAUGCAGCCGAUCAUAUUUUGCCUCGCUUAUGUUAUCAUUUUCUACGUCUUUUUAUUAUUCAUAAUCUUGUGGUUAUUUUUAGGGUUCCGAACCUCAAAAGGUAGAACGGAACCCUUAUAGGAUCACUUUCUUGUCCGUCCGUCUGUCCGUCUGUGUCAACCCCUUUUUUCGACGAUGAAGACGAUGCAACGGAGCGACGCGAGACAAUAGUGUGGCGUGGCCCUUAAGAAUUAUUUUUAUUAAGACGGAAGUGCAAAAACGGCCUACAGCGUCCCACUUUGGGGCAUAAACCAUCCCUCAUUAACUGGUGAGGGUAUAGUAACAUUCUACUGCGGGUUGGUGGGGAAAUACCCAAACCAGACAAAUUCAAAAAACACUUGACUUCAUAACCUUUACCUGAGGAACAAUUUAUCAAGUCAGGUUUCUCGACACAUUAUGAGUAGUGAUUGGAUAUUCGCGCGUUUAUUUACCUAAAGUUCGGUGGUUGACUAAUAUGGAUAGCGCUUUUGUAAUGAAAAAUCCCGGGAAACCGGGACGGACAAGAACCGGUAGCUUAAAUUAGCAAUUUGUUUUAAGGAAACUUAUAAUAAACUUUUGAAGUAUCGUAACGUUUGAUACGUUAAGGAGCCGCUUUCAUACCUUCAAAGCAUUUCGUGGGAUUUGAUGAAGUUUGGGUAAAUAAGCGUCCGAAUUUUCGAUCGCAAUGAUCGAAUUAUGAGUUGAACAAAAACUUGUAAGCCAAAUAAAUGUUUUUCAAGUGUAAUUGGUGGUCUAGAUGUGUCUAGAAUUAGAUUCCGUGCCAUACGAACUAGACAUGACACGUUAGAUUAAGCUGAAGUGUAUCUUAUCGUUGGGAUUUGUAUUUGCAACUUUAACAGACGAUCAAAGAUCUUAAAUUUCAAUGAACAAAAAUGAAUUAAAACUUUAUCCAUCCAGUUGACGCCUAAGGGUCGAAACGGAUAUAUCGCUCUAGCGAAUGAAGGAUCUCAGUGAAAGAAAGGGAUAGAAGUAUAGGAAACCUUAAAGGUGCUUAACUUUAUUGAUACCAAUUUACUCGCUACGUGCAAAGCACAGUCUCAGCGCAUUCCAUGGCAAAAGUAUGUACUAAAUUCGGAGUGUCAAAAUUGCUUUGAUAUUUCCUACAAAUUAUCUGCAACUAUACUAUUUUACAGUUAAUAAACGAUGAAAUAUUUGUAUAUUUAAAUAUCUAAAAUACACUUCUCAUCAAAAAAAUCGAAACACCUUGCAAGUUUACGUUUUGUCAGGAUUAUCAGAAAAAUGUGUACAUUUAGGAAUAAAUGUUAAAUGUCGUUUAAUAGUGAGUAAUAUGAGCUUAUCAAAUCUUAAUGUUAAUGUUCUAAAUUUAAAUGAAUUUUUCAUAGGUUUCGUAUUUUGUUAAAUGAGUCAUUUUUAUUCCGUAUGGAGUAUAAAGGAAAUGGAUAAAACAACACACGUAAAUGAAAAAAAAAGCUAAAAAACGUUUAUUUAAUAACUUGUAUUCCCUCCCCGAGCUCUAAUUACUGCUUCCAUACGGUUCUUCAUCGAUCGGAUGAGAGUCACGAUCACAUGCUGUGGUAUAUUGUCCCAUUCCUCUUGGAUUGCAUCUUGCAGCUGGCUAAGUGUUUCUGGGGCAGGAUCUCUUGCUCGAAUUCGUCUCUUUAAUUCAUCCCACAGAUGUUCAAUGGGAUUCAUGUCCGGGCUUCUUGCUGGCCAUUCCAUAAUAGAGAUAUCGACUUCGUUAAGAUAAUCUCGUACGACGCCCGCGGUGUGAGCCCUAGCAUUGUCGUGCAUGAAUAUGAAGCCGUUGCCAAUAAAAUGUGCAUAGGGCAUCACAUGAGGCUCGAGACACUCUUCGACGUACCGAUGACAGUUUAGUGCAGGCAGACGUGGCCCAGACACGAAAGCAAGCUCUGUCUUACCGUCGGCGCUGAUUCCUCCCCAAACCGUCCACGAACCGCCACCAUAGCUGACCUUUUCUUCAAUGCAGCAUUGUGCAUAGCGUUCUCCGUCUCUUCUGUAGACCUUGUUCCUUCCGUCGUUACCAUACAGCAUAAUUUUACACUCAUCAGAAAAGAGAACUUUGCUCCACUGUAGGUAUGACCAAUUUAGGUGCUCACGUGCAAAGUUAAGGCGCGCUCUUCGAUGGUCUGCAGUUAAUUUCGGCCCAUUUGCUGGCUUAUGCGGUACCAGUCCACGAUCCUUCAACCUUCUUCUAAUUGUAGAGUCACUUACAGCCACCCUUCGUACAACACGAAGCCGCUGCUGCAGUUGAAAAGCGUUAAGGCGUCGAUUUCUUAAAGAAGUUGUUACAAUAAAUCGAUCAUCUCGCUCAGAAGUGACCCGAUUCCUGCCAGAUCCUGAACGGCGCGUGAACAAACCAGUCUCCCGAUAACGUUUAUAGACUCUAUGAACAGAUGACAGGCUUAGAUGCAGUCUUGCAGCCACAACACGCUGACUAAGGCCAGAAUCCAGCAAUGCCACAACUUGGGCGGCUUCUGUGGGCGAAGUAUCCAUACGUUUUAGAAAAAAAACCUUUUUUCAGACGUCCCAAAGUCACAGUAUUGAAAUAAAAAACAAAAAGUUUAAGGAUAGGCGCCAAUUUUUAGUUUUUAAACGCUAAAUGUACUCCAACCCUAAACACAAAUUUGUCUCAAAACAGUGAUUCAUUUCGUUUAUAAGAUAAACAAAUGAAAUUCUAAUUUUGAAUUUAGAAUUUUCGCUUAUUACUGUAAUGGCCAAACUGCCAGCUAUACAUUUAUGUAUUUUUUUUCAUCGUAUGAAUUCUUUUUUGUGUUAAAUUCGGACAGAAACAAUGAAAACGGAAGUGUUUCGAUUUUUUUGAUGAGAAGUGUAUUAUUUAAAAUGUCUAAAAUAGGUACGAACGCUAGGUGGCGCCACUUUUGUGGGUAUUGCCAAUAACUGCUAUCACUCUAAAACUCACUUUUGUUGUAUAAUUUAUAUUUUGACGUUUAACUUAUUGUACUUUUGCCUUCGGUAACAUUAACAACUUAGCCGGAUUUGUCGUGUUAGUAACACAAAUAGUAUUGAAAAAGUUCCUAAUACAAAUUCCAACGAUUCCCUAAGUUAAUAUUAAGUAGCUUUAUAUAGCUGAGCUAUAUCGCACAAGUACAUAUCCUUUGUAAGAGAAAUGCCAAGUUUGUACCGGCCAAAACUGCUUCCAUCCAGCCAAACGCGUAGAUUUAAGGUAGGUGUAAACAUAGGACAGUGUAGGGAGUAAAUAUUACAUUAUAAUUGAUUGAUUCAGUUGGCUAUCGACCAUUACACACUGCGAUACGGCUCACCACCCGUCACCUUGGUCUAAUAAAGCUCUGUGAUUCGAGGUUCAUCGUAUACCGACUACCCAACCAAUAGGUAAGAGGACAAACUAGUCAAAUGCGAUAAUAUCAUCAUCAUAUCUAAUUACGCAACAUCAAAACGAUACAUUUCUAUGGAAUUUGUAUAGAAAUUCACGCGCAUGACGUCAUCAAUAAACAAGAAAAAAAUGGUCAAACGACGUCCUUGUUAUACGUAAUAGGGUAGUUUCAAACUGGUCAAAUCAGUUACUUUUUACUAAAACACGAAUUUACUAUGGAAUUUGUAUGAAAAAGCAACCUGUGACGUCAUAGAAAAACGUGACAAAAUGUCGCACUAAUUACUACAUGUUCCUUUAUUAAAAUUCAUCAAAUAAGUUAAAUAGAAAAAGAAAACGCUUUUUGUCACCUUAGGAUAUGUCUUUAUUUAGUAAUCAAAAUUUCAUAAUUUUUCUUUGACCUAGGAAACUACCCAAUUCUUAAUUUAAAUUCGUUAAUCUAUCAAAAGAAAAAAUAAUGUUGGUUUUUCAAAAAUCAUCUUAGACGGGCUUCUAUUUCUAAAUUAGUAUAAUAUUAUAAUUUAUCUUUAACCCACAGUCAUCUAGCCUAUUGGGAAUAUAGUCGUGAGCUUAUGUUUUUUUUUUUCACGAUUGUCUUAAACUUCGGUAUGCUAGUGUGAUUUCUACAGUUAUUUCAUGGUCGAUGUAUGAAGGACGUUUCAUUGAAACCUACAGUCCCUUGUGAUGGAGUAAUAGUAGGAUUCAAUUAAUUUCAGUGUUGCUAUCAUGCAAAAAUGAAAAUAUGAGGUAGUUUUUCAAACGGAAAAAAACGAUCAUUUAUUAUCAUAACAAUUUUGUAAGGGACUGUAUGCCACAAGCAUUAAGACCAUAAAAUAUCUCCUUUUAAAGUGAAUGUUCAAAUGCAUAAUAUCAAAUAUACGUAAUUAGAUAACUUUAUACAAUGGCGACUAUGAAACAUACUAAUAUGGCUACCUCAGUCCAAAAUUUAUUUUACUUAAAUGGUAGUAGGAUUAGGUUAGACCAAGCGACAUAUUUUUUGUAUAAACGGCUUACAUUUAAGGUUUUUAGGAAUAUUGCCGUGAUAUUUAAUAUUUUUUACACAAUUUUGACAUAAUCAUUUUGUAUUUAUAAAGUGCGGAGGCAAGUGACCUAAACUAUAACGGGCCUUGUUAUCCCGUCAUAGAAGUCAAAGUUAUAAUAUUCAAAUUCCAUUUAUAUUAUUUAAAAUUACACUCCAGUUUUGUAUAUUUUGUUUAUAAUUGCAUAUUUUACUAUUUACAAAUCUAUUUUUGAGUAUGAAUCAAGUAACUUAGUUAUUAUUGUGCUCAAAUCUGAAAUGUUAUAGCUAUUGCAAAAUAAGUAGGUACUGUCGUAGAAGAUUUUUGAUGUCACUAAUGAAUGAAUGUUGCCAAAAUCAAAAUUAUUUACUUUUUUGUUUGAAAUUUAACUUUAGUAUUUUACUGUAGUCUUACCAUGCGGAAAUUACGCGAUGUGAGUGCUGCAUUUAGAAAAAAAGGCCAAAUUGAAGCAAUUCAUUAAAAUAGCUUCAUUUUGGCCUUUUUAAACCCUUUUUGUGACAGGUCACCAUGCGGUUCAUUAAGUUUAUCUAGAUACGGGUUUCUAGAGAAAUUACGAGUUGUCUUAUUGAUGGCUUGUGGCUCUGCCUAUCCCGAUAGGGAUGACGGGCGUGACUUUAUGCGCGUAAUUUCGGCACGGUACGUCGCUUUCUUUUACGUAUCAGCGAAUGUGUGAUUCUGCUAGGGUAUAAUGUGAUCGAUGCAUCAAUUAGUAGUUGUUGCGUAACUUAUGUGAUAAGGAUAAGUAGGUGGAAUCAAAUGAAUAAAUGAGGGAAAGGUA